AUGUCCAAGGACCCUGGUGUAUUUGUCUUAAUAACCGGUGAUGAUGAUUAUUAUCUCAUAGUAUUAGAAACUCUGAAUCGAAAUUGGAAGGUUGAAAUAUGGUUUUGGACCUCAGGACCUUUUGCCAAAAGAAGAAAAUCAGGAUUGUCUUUUUAUUCUUUGGAUGAUUGCUAUCGAUAUUUCACAUAUGCGUCUGAACUUAAUUUCGAGAAAAAUCAUGUUUUUGAAAUAACUGAUC